UCUCUUUGGGGCGGGACCUCCUUAAACUGGCGUUCUUGAUUUGCUGUCUCCUCGAUUUGGCGGCCCAUGACCUGGAAAAUCUCCGGGCAACAUGGCAGCGCCCAGCGACCAGAUGCAGCCGGCCAGGAGUCCGCGGCCGCCCGCUUGAGUAGGUGAUUGUCCAACUUGCAGAGGCAUGAGCUGGACCCAGGCCAACCUGCUGGCCCGGCGCCUGUCUCGGGGCUGGGGAGGCAUCUGUGGCACCACCCUCGCAGGACGCCCCUUCUCUCAGGUGUCCCCCCAGGCCCUGAGGGGCCUCCACUGCAGCUCAACCACCCACAAAUCUGAUUCAUCUCUGGUGCCUCACCCACCUGAGCCCCCGCGGCGGCCGGCCAGGGCGCUGGCACCCCACGAGGAGCUGUUCAGGCAGGCACCGGAUGGAGCGCGGGACAAGGCUAGCUUUGUGCAGGCCAUGCAGAACUUCGGGCAGCACAACGUGCACAAGCGGGGCCACGUUGACUUCAUCUACCUGGCCCUGCGCAAGAUGCGAGAGUACGGCGUCGAGCAGGACCUGGCCGUCUACAACUUGCUGCUGGACAUCUUCCCCAAGGACGUCUUCAGGCCUCGCAGCAUCUUUCAGAAAAUCUUCAUCCACUACCCACGGCAGCAGGAGUGCGGGAUUGCCAUCCUGGAGCAGAUGGAGAACCACGGGGUAAUGCCCAACAAGGAGACGGAGUUCCUGCUGCUUCAGAUAUUUGGGCGCAAAAGCUAUCCCAUGCUCAAGUUCGUGCGCAUGAGGCUGUGGUUCUCCGGCUUCAAGAAUGUCAACCCCUUCCCCAUGCCCCAGGACCUACCCCAGGACCCCGUGGACCUGGCCAGGUUGGGCCUGCGGCACAUGGAACCCGACCUCAGCGCCAGGGUCACCGUCUACCAGAUGCCUUCAUCCAAAGACUCCACAGGUACAGCGGAUCCCACCGAGCCGCACAUCGUAGGAAUCCAGAGUCCUGAUCAGCAGGCAGCACUGGCCCGCCACAACCCAGCCCGACCUAUCUUCGUCGAGGGCCCCUUCUCCCUGUGGCUCCGCAACAAAUGUGUCUAUUACCACAUCCUCAGAGCUGACUUGCUGCCCCCCGAGGAGAGGGAAGCAGAGGAGAUUCCAGAGGAAUGGAACCUCUACUACCCGAUGCAGCUGGACCUGGAAUAUGGGAGAAGUGGCUGGGAUGAUUACGAGUUUGACAUCAAUGAAGUGGAGGAAGGCCCUAUCUUUGCCAUAUGCAUGGCGGGGGCCCACGACCAGGCUACACUGGCCAAGUGGAUCCAGGGCCUGCAGGAGACCAACCCAGCCCUGGCCCAAAUCCCGGUGGUCUUCCGCCUGGCAGCAUCCACCGGGGAGCUCCUGGCAUCCUCUUCAGGACAAGAGGAGCCAUCCCCACCACCACCUGAGGGACAGGAAGAAGAGGAAGAUAAUUCGCAGCGACAACAGCGAGGCCAGAGUUGAGCCUGAGUGGACACAUGGGCACAGACUUGGACUGGUGUGAAAAGUAUGAUAUGACCUUCGAAUGUACAGCAAAUAAAAGUUUCCCGGCUUGGGGCUGCCUUCCCUUC